AUGUCCACCGAGCGUCGCAUCAAGAGUCUCAAGCCGAGACAACGGACCUUGAUGACGUCAUUCAACGCCAUUACUAGAUUCGUCGAUGAGUUCGACGAUGAAAGGGAUGCCAUCCAAGUACCAGUACGGUUAGAGAGCAUCAUCAAGCUCUGGGAGGACCUCAACAUAGUCCAGAUGGAGCUGGAGUCCCUCGACGAAGCUAACUUGGACGAGCAACUAAAGCUACGGACCAAGCUCGAGUCGGCCUACUACCGGUCCAAGGGAAUGUUGCUGGCGAAAAAUAAAAAUUUAGUUCCGAGCGUCUCUAGUUCUCCUUCAACUAGUCGUGGCCCUUCGUCGUCAUCGCAGGUGCGCUUGCCUGACGUAAAACUUCCGGUCUUUAGUGGGAAUUUGGAUAGCUGGUUAAAUUUCCACGAUUUAUUCGUUUCGCUGGUCCAUUCUUCGGUAGAACUUUCCAACAUACAGAAGUUUUACUAUUUGCGUUCGUCAUUGUCGGGUGACGCUUUGAAGCUAAUUCAAACCAUUCCACUCAGCGCAAACAAUUACGUGGUGGCUUGGAAUUUGCUGAUCGAACAUUUUCAAAACCCUGCGCGGUUAAAGCAGUCAUAUGUCGAUGCGUUGUUCGAGUUCCCUUCGCUGAAAAAAGAGUCUGCUUCUGAGUUGCAUUCACUGGUGGAGAAAUUCGAGGCCAACGUCAAGGUUCUUCAGCAGUUGGGGGAGAUGGUCCAAUGCUGGGACAUUCUGCUGAUUCGGAUGCUGAGUAUUCGCCUCGAUCCGACGACGAGAAGGGACUGGGAGGAAUUUUCAACGACGAAGGAUGCCAUCUCGUUCAAGGACUUGACCUCAUUCAUCCAACGUAGGGUCACCGUUCUGCAGAACAUCCAGGGCAGUACGGUAGAUGUCCCUUUUUCCGGCCAAGCGAAAAAGUCUUCUCAACGACCAGUCGCAAGUAACAAUGCAGCACAGUUCAACACAAGGAAGUGCAUCGUCUGCAACAACCAUCAUCCACUCUACCAAUGCUCGACGUUUUCCAAGAUGAGUUCGGAGGAUAAGAAGAAGGAAGUUCGUCGCAAUCAUCUCUGUCGGAACUGCUUGCGGAAGGGUCAUCAAGCGAAGGACUGUUCGUCAACGAGUACCUGCCGCAAGUGUCGGGGCAAGCAUCAUACUCAGCUUUGUUCCAGUCAACAACCAACCAGCUCAGGUCAGAAGACAACCAACUACACAGAUGAAAGGUCUACGCCUGCUGCAUCUACCAGCAAUCCACCCACUGCAUCUGUGUCAGCCACCAUCGAGCCUGCCAGUUUCGCUUCCGUUAGUCAAGGACGGAAGGCAAUUCUACUUGCUACUGCUGUAGUCAUCGUUGUCGACGACAGUGGAAGCGAGCACACAGCACGUGCGUUGCUAGAUUCCGGUAGCGAAUGCUGUUUCGUUACCGAAUCAUUCUCCCAGCGACUCAAAGCGCAACGGAAGAAGGUCCAUCUUCCGAUAGCUGGCAUCGGUCAAUCGUCGACGCAUGCUAGGCACAAAUUGUCAACCACAAUUCGCUCUCGCACAGGAAGGUAUUCGACUAGCUUGGAAUUUCUAGUUCUUCCCAAAAUUACCAUCGAUCUGCCGUCGACUUCUGUUGAUACUUCGGCCUGGGAGAUUCCGCCGAGUAUACAGCUAGCUGAUCCGUCAUUCUGCAGCACCAACCCAAUCGAUCUCAUCUUGGGAGCAGAAAUUUUCUUCGACUUGUUCAAGGUCUCUGGUCGAAUUCCGCUUGGCGAUAACCUUCCGGUACUCGUGAACUCCGUUCUUGGCUGGGUAGUGUCGGGAAGGUCUUCUCAUGGUCAACCGAUUGCUCCAAUCGUCGCAAAUGUCGCCACCGUCAACGACGUGCACCGUCUAAUGGAAAGGUUUUGGUCCAUCGAGGAAGACAACGCCUCUCCGUGCUAUUCCGUCGAAGAAACCGCCUGCGAGGAACACUUCCGUCGCACGGUAACCCGCAACACCGAAGGGCGAUACAUAGUUCGACUGCCACUGAAGCAAGAUGUGUUGUCUAGCCUCGUCGACAACCGUCGCACCGCUCUACGACGUUUUCACCAGCUAGAAGGUCGUCUAGUCCGUCGAGGAAUACCACGCGCUAGGGCACAUGCAUCGCUGCGCGAAGAUAGCACGACGACCAAACUGAGGGUAGUUUUUGAUGCGUCGUGUAAAACCCCCAACGGACCAUCGCUGAACGACGCGCUUCUAGUUGGACCAACCGUGCAAGAAGACCUGCGAUCAAUUAUCAUGCGAAACCGAACACACCCAGUCAUGCUGAUCGCCGACAUCAAGCAGAUGUACCGCCAAGUCCUGGUAGACGAGCAGGACACUCCACUGCAGCGAAUUGUCUGGCGAGUUUCCCCCGACACUUCGAUGGAAACCUUUGAACUAAAGACCGUAACAUACGGCACAGCCAGCGCACCAUACCUUGCAACGAGAGUUCUCCAGCAACUAGCCGACGACGAACGCGACGAGUACCCUAAAGCAGCUGAAGUUCUACGCAAGGAUUUCUACGUCGACGAUCUGUUUUCCGGUGGAGGCAACGUAGCAGAAACAAUCGCUUUACGCAAGCAGCUCGACGCAUUUUUGCUCAAGGGUGGAUUCGAACUCCGCAAAUGGGCGUCCAACAAACAAGCAGUACUACAGGAUAUCCCAGCAGAAAAUCGUGCUGUACAAGGGUCAGUCGACUUAGACCGAGAUCCGUGCAUAAAAACGCUUGGACUACACUGGGAACCGUCCACCGACCAGCUCCGCUACAAAAUUCAGCUUCCUCAGCCAACAACAGAUGCACCGCUUACGAAACGCAUCGCACUGUCAUAUAUCGCACGUUUGUUUGAUCCGCUUGGACUUGUCGGACCCGUCGUAACUACCGCCAAAAUGUUCAUGCAGACACUCUGGACCUUGAAGGACGACGACGGCAAGAUUUGGAGCUGGGACAACGAACUACCGACCGCCAUCAAAGAACGCUGGCAAGAGUACCAAUCGCAACUCCAUCGGCUGAACGAUUUGCGCAUCGACCGUUGCAUUCUUCUCGCCAAUCCCGUAUCAGUCCAGCUGCAUUUCUUCUCCGACGCUUCGGAACACGCAUACGGCUCGUGUGUCUACGUCCGCUCGACAGAUGCCUCUAGUGCAGUCAAAGUUUGUCUGCUGACUGCGAAAUUGAAGGUCGCACCCCUGAAAAAACAAAGCAUUCCCCGACUCGAGCUCUGCGGUGCCCUUCUGUCUGAACUCUACGAGAAGGUGACGUCAUCGCUCCAAAUACACACUGAAACGUUCUUUUGGGUCGAUUCUACCAUCGUGCUGAGUUGGCUAAAUUCUUCUCCGUCGACCUGGACAACGUUCGUGGCCAAUCGAGUCUCCAAGAUUCAGACCGCCACGCAAAACUGCUCUUGGAACCACGUAGCAGGCCAGCAAAACCCAGCAGACCACAUUUCCAGAGGAAUACCCGCAGAAACCCUUCUACAAAACGAUCUUUGGUGGCAAGGAUCUCAAUGGCUGCAGAGCGACCAACGCGACUGGCCAAUUCAACAACCGAACGCUAAUCAGCCUCCCGAAGUCCUCAUGGAAGCACGAAAAGUACCAGCAGUACAUAUGGUCCGAGUAGCCGCUUACUGUCGACGAUUUCUUCAGAACUGUCGGAAAACUUCUACAGCACGAGCGGAAUCAGCACAUCUCACAGUCGACGAGCAGAAGGAAGCAGAAGCGACGAUCAUCAGACUCAUCCAACAGCAAAGCUUCAGCAACGAGUACAAGGCCCUCCAACAAGCACAAACUGUAUCCGCAAAAUCUCGCAUCCGUUGGUUUCAUCCCUUUAUCGGCGCAGAUAAGGUGAUUCGCAUCGGCGGUAGAUUGGGGAAGGCCAAUCAGCAGUACGACAGCAAACAUCAGAUUCUUCUUCCGGCUUCUCAUCACUUCUCCGUCCUACUCGUUCGCCACUAUCACGAGAAGAAUUUACACGCAGCACCCCAACUUCUGCUUAACCUUCUUCGCUUACGAUACUGA